AUGGAGAAGUUGAAGUUCAUGUUCCAAGCUCCAAAACCUCUGAAUAGAAAUUGGUCUGGGAGCCUCAUUUUAGCCUCUUUAACUGGUGCUUUUGGGUCAUCUUUUCUUUAUGGUUACAAUCUCUCGGUGGUGAACGCUCCUGCAGUGUAUAUCAAGAAGUUUUACAAUGAAACUUGGCAGAGCAGAUACGGCUUCUCAGUGAAUGAAAGCACGCUGACGCUGCUCUGGUCUGUAACUGUUUCUAUUUUUGCCAUUGGUGGCCUUGUGGGUGCCAUCAUUGUUACCCCAAUUGUGAAGUUCUUCGGACGGAAAUGUACGUUGCUGCUCAAUAAUGUGUUUGCAGUGACAGCUGCGUUGUUGAUGUCCCUCUCCUUGCUGGCAGGGUCGUUUGAAAUGCUCAUACUGGGCCGCAUUAUCAUGGGUGUUGAUGCAGGAAUUUCCUUAAGUGCUCUUCCCAUGUAUUUGAGUGAAAUAUCUCCUAAGGAAAUCCGUGGUUCAUUGGGUCAGGUCACAGCAAUUUUCAUCUGCAUUGGUGUUUUCACUGGUCAAGUUUUGGGGCUGCCAGAAAUAUUUGGGCAAGAAUCUCGGUGGCCUUACUUAUUUGGAGCAAUCGCUUUUCCUUCAUUGAUACAAGUCGUGAUUCUGCCUUUUCUUCCUGAAAGUCCUCGUUACCUCCUACUUGAAAAGCAUAACACAAGUGAGGCAGAAAAAGGAAGAGACAGCUGUGACUCCUACACUUGCUGGCUUAUGAUCUGGUACUACACAAACAACAUCUUCAGUGAAGCUGGGAUCAGUCAUGAAACAAUUCCCUAUGUUACGCUAAGUACUGGUGCUGUUGAGACUCUGGCUGCUGUUUUUUCUGGCUUGGUUAUUGAACGGCUUGGGCGCAGGCCUCUUCUCAUUGGAGGUUUUGGGUUGAUGGUUGUCUUCUUCUCUGUACUUACUGUCUCCCUGACUUUACAGAACACUGUGCAUUGGCUUCCUUACCUAAGUAUAUUUUGCAUCCUUGCAAUCAUUGCAUCAUUCUGCAUUGGACCAGGUGGGAUUCCAUUUGUCCUCACUGGAGAGUUUUUCCAGCAGUCCCAGAGGCCAGCUGCAUUCAUGAUAGCUGGAACAGUCAACUGGCUCUCCAACUUCGCAGUCGGACUGCUCUUCCCUUUCAUUCAGGCUGGUUUACAGACCUACUGCUUCCUAGUGUUUGCUGCCAUCUGCUUUGCGGGAGCGACCUACCUGUUUUUUGUCCUGCCUGAAACAAAAAAUAAGACAUUUCAUGAGAUCAGCCAGGCAUUUGCCAAAAGGAAUAAAGUAACUUUAGAAAUGCAAGAAAUGAACCACUACGCAGGGGAGAGGAAAUCGAGUGCAGAACAAGAAUCUGACUUCACAUCUUCAGUGGACAAUGGGGAAACCAAAAAAGAGAUUGUGUAAAAUCAGGAUACUCUCUCAGGGGAUGAGGGCAAACAUGCUCUUUUCAUUUAUAGCGGUGUACAACCUGUAUUUUUUAUGUGGCAUCAUGAACUGAUUCCCCCUCGAAUAUGGUUAAAGUGAAUAUGGGUAAAUUCAUUAGCAGCUGGGGUGAUGGUUGAGGCAAUGAGAGGCAGGAGUAUGGAAUCAACUGGCUUGGAAAAGACCUCUGAGAUCAUCAAGUCCAACCCUUGAUCCAACUAGACCAUGGCACUAAGUGCAUGGAGUAGCAGCAACUGAUUAAAGAAAUAAGAGACAAGGUUUUCUCGGCACCUGUGAAAUUGGUGCUGUGGUGAGUGGGAUGGGGAAUAUGGACUUGUAGAAGUGAAGUGGCAGUGGGGAGCCAGGGUUGUGAGCAGCAGCUGGCUGAGCAUCCCCCUGUGCUCACAGGGAAGUGUGUGUGCUGUAGCCAGGAAGAGGAGGAGGUAGC